CAUUGCAAGCGUUUCAGUGCACGUCCUACUUGUAAAGCUCUACGGCAGGGCGAUUUUGCGCGUUCCCGUGACUCCUCGCCAUAGAAAACAAAGCUGAACGUCUUCCAUAACAGCUAGGGGUGCAGACUUGAGGAAUAUCCGAAAUUAACCUGGAUACAUCGUGCUGAAUAUGGAUAUACAGUGGGUGUAGCAUCGUUGGAAACCGAGCCUUCUCGGCUGGGGUGACGGCAGGACAUUAAGCGAGACUGACGAAAAUAACAUCAGUGUUUUUUUUCUCGGGGUGCUUUGUCUUGUCCACCUAACGAUAGCAAACCAUCGUUCCCAUUUCAAUUGCAAGAUAUUCAGCUAGUGACUACUAGCUGUCGCCGGGAUGUAUCAUUAUGUUGUCACCUAAAAGGAACUGCUAGGACGUUGGAUUGUGAAGGAUAAGCAGAAAACCUCUCCGAGGUCCCAUCGGGUUGUCACCGGGACCUGAAUCUGUGUUAGCCACAGUCGCGGACCCCACUGUUUUCGGCGAUAUGGCGGAGCAGGGCUACACAUCCUGGGCGUACUCCCUAGUUGACUCCAGCCAGGUGUCCACCUUCCUCAUCUCCAUCCUCCUCAUCGUUUAUGGCAGCUUCAGGUCAUUAAACAUGGAUUGUGAAAACCAGGAGAAGGAUAAAGAUGGGAACCCCUUGCCAGGGUCUUUUAAUAACAGCAACUCAAACAGUGAGUGUUACAUACAAGGUAUUCAGACUAUAGACUCCACACAGGCCCUGUUCCUGCCCAUAGGAGCCUCAGUGUCUCUGCUAGUCAUGUUCUUCUUCUUUGACUCAGUACAGGUGGUCUUUACCAUCUGCACUGCAGUUCUUGCAACAAUUGCAUUUGCAUUCCUCUUGUUGCCAAUGUGCCAGUAUGUGACCAAACCAUGCGCCCCAGUGAACAAGAUUUCCUUUGGCUGCUGUGGGCGUUUCACCCUGGCUGAGCUCCUGUCCUUCUCCCUCUCCGUUCUCCUGGUGCUCAUCUGGGUACUGACUGGACACUGGCUCCUCAUGGACGCUCUAGCGAUGGGCUUGUGUGUCGCCAUGAUAGCCUUCGUGCGGCUCCCCAGUCUGAAGGUUUCCUGCCUGCUGCUGUCAGGACUGCUCAUUUAUGAUGUGUUCUGGGUGUUCUUCUCAGCCUACAUCUUCAAUAGUAAUGUGAUGGUGAAAGUUGCCACCCAGCCGGCUGAAAAUCCCAUAGAUGUUCUCUCCAGGAAGCUCCACUUGGGACCUGGGAUGGGCCGCGACGUUCCCCGCCUCUCCUUACCUGGAAAACUGGUCUUUCCCAGCUCCACAGGAAGUCACUUCUCAAUGCUGGGAAUCGGAGACAUCGUGAUGCCGGGGCUGCUGUUAUGCUUCGUCCUGCGCUAUGACAACUACAAGAAGCAGGCCAAUGGGGAAGUCCCAAUCUCCGGACGCAUGCAGCGCGUCUCCUAUUUCCACUGCACUCUCGUCGGAUACUUUGUGGGUCUGCUGACGGCCACUGUGGCCUCCAGGAUCCACCGUGCUGCUCAGCCCGCUCUGCUCUACCUGGUGCCCUUCACCCUGCUGCCUCUGCUCACUAUGGCCUACCUGAAGGGGGAUCUGCGGCGCAUGUGGUCCGAGCCCUUCCACACCAAGACCAGCAGCUCCCGCUUCCUGGAGGUAUGAUGCACCCUGGGAAAUACUGACCAGUGCGGGGAGGACUGCGGAUCCUUUACCUUUUUAUUAGAGGGAAGGAGAGAGGGCACACUCACAGUGAGGCCAUGUUGUCAUCACUUGUUCAUGCUUUCCGCCAAUCUUCUGUGAAAACCCUCAGAAGGACACCAGUGUGUGGAUCACAACGCCCCGACACGACUCAUCUCUGGUUCCUACAUCCUCCCCUGUUUCAUCUCCGCUUCCUCUUUUCUGUUGAUUUCCUCUUCAUCAUAGCACAUCCUGCCUACGCUGUGUUUGUUCUGUCCCCCUUCCUCUCUUUUUUCCCUUUUCUCUUCUCUAUAGUUAGUCCUAUUUUGCCACUUCCCUCCAAAGGCCUCGUUCCAUUCGUCAGGCCUCUUGUCUCUCUCUGCGUUUCCUCCUUUUCUCUGCUUCUCUGUUUUACACCGACUCAGAUGAACUCGAGGGCCUGGCCUCCCCCUUUUUGUGGACUUAGGGUUGUGAGACAUGGCUGGGGUUUAUAUAUAUAUUUUUUUUUUAGCAUUGUCGUGGUCAUUCUUAUUAUUAAUAUUAAUAUUAUUAUUAUGGAACGAUUUAAACAAACGGAGAAGAGGCGUAGUGUUGCAGUGGCACAGGACGUUGCUCGGGAGCAGCGACACAGUGAAGGAGAAGAGUCUUCCCCCUCCAUCCGUCUCCCCCCUUCCCUCCCCCUGCUUUUCUCAUCUGUCCCAUCAUCCCACCACAAUGGCUUCUCCCCAGCGCUCCCUCUGACACUCCUGCGAGCCCCGCCCUCCUCCUCUCUGUCCAUCUGCUGUCCCCAUUCCCCCCCCCCCCCCCACACAGAUAACUAUGUAUUUUAUUUAGAAAAGUUUUAUUCUUGGCAUAUAAAGAAAUGAUGCAUUAUAAAUUGUUAAGCUGCCCCCAGCGUUUGAGGGGCUGCUUCUAUUUGUAUAUAUGUGUAUUUGCGGUAUCUUGAGUUUGUAUUUGUGUUCGGGAGCAUGUUGAACAGGGUGGGAAACUGACGUCAGCCAACAGCCGAAUUUUGGUGAAUUUUGUCUGCCAGUUGUUUCGAGUCGACUGGUGAGCAUCCAUCAUUUAGAGGUUGUUUUCUAAAGUUUGUUGGCUUGUGAUAGAAAUGUAGCUGAUGGAUCUUUGGUAUGAAAAAAAACAUCUGCCUCGGUGGCUGGUUGAUGAAAAAGUUAGUUUCCUGCUCUCAUGUUAGAGUGUGUUUGCAUUUGUGUGUGUGUGUGUGUAUGAGAGAACGAAACUGAUGAGUGAAUGAUUGUUUUACUCGCUUUUAAUUUGAAUCAUGAUAAUGUUAAAAAACAAUGACAAUAGUCAGGUUUCCAUUGAGCUGGGCGUGUUGGAUCAAACGUUGUCAUGAACACAUGACGAAUGGUUUGUGUCUAAUGUACAAAUUGACAGAAAAACUCCACAGGGGUCACUUUCUUUUUAACGGUCCUUCUGCGGACAGAUGGAAAUGUAAACAGUGUUUUUUUUUUUUCAAAUAAAUGAAUGUUGAAUUAAUUUUAAGGUAUUUUAUGUUACUUUUUAUCUUGGAACCACACCAUACAUCAUGCUGGGUUUUCUACAGAUUUUUUGUGUGCACAACCUACAUGUAUUUAAGGCCAUGUUAACACUAAAAGCAUCUUAUUUUAGACAUGUAUAAUGUCCGAGCAUGAUUAUAUGAGAUCACUUUUUAUACGUUUUAACAAGUGGAACAGCACAACAGCACAUCUUACCUGAACUUCACCUCAGUCGAUGAAGACCUGACUAUUGUGAACGUUCGGACUCAAAGCCUGGAGAUGAGGGUUAAAUGUGUUUUGAGAGUGUGUCAUCAUCACAUAAUAACGUCCGUUUGGAUUUAGGGAGGGGAUAAAAUCAGUCAUGCCCCUCAGAUCCAAAAUGGAAAUAAGAAAAUAACUCAUAGGAUGUUUUUCUGUCACUCUUUGGUCCCUGACAGUCUUACAAUCUUUUGUAUUGUCCUUCCACUUUUUUGUGGUGCUUGUCAGUUAAUAUCUAAUGUAUACUGGAAAAAGUGUGAGCGAUCGCACGGCAGGAAGUCGAAGAAACCUAUGGACGACGCAGUUUGCUGGCUUUUUCUUUUCUUUUUUUACUUUUUUAUGCUAUCUGGCCGUGCAUGUUAUGUGUACAGUGUAUCAUUUCUCAGACUGCAUCGACUGGGCUACUGCAGUUUUGAGUCUCUGCUGGCCCACACCAAGGCACUGGACCUAUGAGCUCGCCUACAGGGCAGCGUCAGUGGGCGGGACUAAAGCUGCAGGUCAGAAAGACUGCCAGGGUCAGCUCUGACUGGUUCAAUAAGCUGAAUAUUAUGACCUGAACGCUGUCAGGUUGGGACGUCUAAACUCGGACAUCUUGGAACCACAAGCCCCCUUCAUGGACAUGGCAAGGAAAUAUAUAGAUUUAUAUACAUAUAUAUACAUAUAUAUGUGUGUAUAUGUACAUACAUAAAUAACUGAUGACGAUCAUGGUGAUAACAACAAAAAUGUUUUUUUUUAUAGAAAUUGAAUUUAUUUUUACCCACCUUGUUUGUAUUUCUUUUUCUUUAGUGCUUUAUUUUUAUUUUUAUUUCCACCUCUCCUCCCCCCCAGCAGAGUACUCCAGCUCUGUUGGUGCAUUGAUAUUACAGCUGAAUGGAUUCUGUAUAGAAAAAUGGUGAAUAAAUAAAUUAAGAACUGUGUAGUGAAACAUGAAUCCUGAAGCGCUUCAUCUAAAACACUUUGUCUCCUUUUAACCCGCUCCCUCUGACCCUUUUUCCCCUUGUUCAGGAUUCUGCUGUAAAUAAACAUGACUCUAACUGUAA